AUGGCGGCAGGAUAUGAAACAACAUCAACUGCUUUGGCCUAUGCAACGUAUGUGCUUGCUAGACAUCCAGAUGUUCUUCAGAAACUUCAGGCUGAAAUAAACCAACUUCCAUUAGACAAUGAUGAUGAGUUCGAAGAGGAUAUAAAAAAAUAUCCCGAUUAUGAUACAAUCGCGCAAAUGCCUUAUAUGGACAUAUGUGCCUCCGAAGAUACAGUCGUACAGGGAAUUAAAAUUGAAAAGGGUACCUUAGUGCAUGCUGAUGUCUAUUCAGUCCAUUACGAUUGUGAACUUUGGGGUCCUGAAGAUCCAUACGUUUUCUUUCCCGAGCGUCAUAAAACAAAACGUCAUCCAAUGGCUUAUCUGCCAUUUGGAGCGGGACCACGGCAUUGUAUUGAUUUAGAAUCAACAAAAGGUAUAUAUUUUGCUUAUUACAUUAAACUUUGA